UGUCAGGGGCAGCGCAUCUAUCAGUGCUAGCACAGGAUUAGCAGCUUUUAUGUUAUGACAAGUCACGAAAUAUGUAUUUAUUUUAGCAAAAAGGGACCGUCGUUGCAUUUUUUGCCACUCACUCGAUGGUGUCCUGCUUCGUUCUCGUCUUUUCUCAAACAGAACAGAUGUUUGCAGCGGGGCUAGCUCUGUAGCUAAACAACACAGGUAUGCUAAUGUCAGAGGAUAGCUAACGUCUUCCAACAUCAAGCCCGCCUGGUUUGUGUUGUCACGUUAACCUGUUCAUAUUUCCGUUGAAACAAUAUCUAACUCCCUGUUGUUAACUAUGAAUGACGCUUACGAAGAUUUACUUGAGCACGAAGAAACCGACAUGAGCGAGAAACCAUUCUCGCCUCCUUGCAAGGCUCCUUCUCGCUCUACUCGGCUGCACAUCCAGAAAAGCAAUGUGUGCUCUCGUGCUUAUUUCGUCGUGGUUAUGGUAUUCUUCCAUGUUUACAUCCUGAAUAUUAUUGCCCUACUGCUCUACGUGCACUACAACAACGGCCCUGCGGAUUUAGUGAUGGGAGAUGGGGCUUCCCCUGCUUCAGUCAUCCAUGCUGAUGAUACUUUGCCUCCACCUGCUCCAUCGGUGGGUGACUUGGAUGGAGAAGACUACAGUCAGAGUUUCAGCCUGCAUCGUUUGGAGGGGAUAAGGGUUGGACAUGUUCAGCAGGUGUCUAUUGUAGCAGACAGAACACAUGAGAUGAAAACACUGAGUCUGAAACCUUUGCUGUUUGAGAUUCCUGGUUUUCUGUCAGAGGAAGAAUCACGUGUGGUGGUACAGCUGGCCCAGCUCAAAGGUCUGAUGGAUAGCCAGACAGCAACACCUAGCCAGGAGCAAGCAGAGCUAAACCAGCCUCUGCUUUCUCUAAGCACAGAGGAGGUCUUCAGUCUGCUGGACCUGAACCAAGACGGCUUUCUUCAGAAGCAAGAGAUUGUGAGUCAUUCCCGUUCUCGAGAUGGGACGUGGUUGAGCCCAGCUAGCUUACGGCAAAUACUCUCUGGUCUGGAAGCCUCUCCAACAGGGAUUCUGACGCUCGGAGAGUUCCGCCGUGUCUAUGAUGGGUCCCAGCACCCACGACAACCGCGCAGUGGGAACCUGCAUAGACACUUUAAGCAAAGAAACAGGCAAACAUGGCUUUUUCAGGGACCAGGAUCUCACCACGUUGUGCAGUCACUCAGGAAAAGGGUAAUCUCUCUGACACGUCUGCCCUCUGCACUGGUUGAGCUAAGUGAACCGCUGCAGGUAUCUCGCUACGAGCAUCAAGACUUCACCGACGCUCACUAUGAUAGCAGCUCGUCUCACUCAGAGACCACCUGUGCGCACACACGGCUGGCAGGAAACACCUCAGCGCUCACAGAGGUCUCCUGCAGGUAUUUGACAGUGUUAUUUUACCUCAACUCUGUGGAGAGUGGUGGAGAAAGUGUCUUCCCUGUGGCAGAUAAUCGUACUUACGAUGAGCAGGUUGGAUGGGCGAGCUAGACGAGUACUCCUUGCAUGGUGAUUGUCCUGUCAACCGAGGAGUAAAGUGGGUGGCCACCAGCUGGGUCAACGUUGACCCCAAUUACCAGCAGCAGGCUCGCUACCAGAGACUAGUUGCUCAAAGACAUCAAGCUAAGUCUGCCGUGGAUGACCAUUACCCAUCUCUCUCACACGGCGACCUCCACCUGGAUCUAUAGCCAAGGCAUUCAUUUACCUAAUAAUUUAUAUCUGCUUUAAAAUGCACCAAUCCUUCUAGUUAGGUCUGACUAACAUUUACACACCGUAAGAUAAUAUGGAGCACUUUGCAAACAUCAUGAACCCCUAACAUUAGAUCAUAGAUACCCCUUACAUUAAGUCGGAUUGGUUGGUUUACGGCUGUCUUUGAGCAAAGCUUUUCAGGGUUUCCGAAGGACUUAAUGGGCUCCUCUGAAAAUGUUUAAGUGCAUAUUGUUGUUGCUCAAAGUGCCAAACUUAUGUCUCACAGACAUAACAGCAUCUCUGCAGUAAGAAGUGAGUCCCAAAGAGCUGUUAGCAUAGGUUUCUUUGUUUCCUGAAGAUGAGAUUAGCAGAUGCAAUUAACAGUCCUUAUUGGUUUAUUAUUUCUCAAACUGUUUAAAAAUCUGAGCAUGUUAUGUAAAGUAGUGCUAUGAUUUGCUUCUUGAAUUUUUUUUUUCAACUUUUCACAGCUAACAAUACAAUUUGUUAUUGAUCCUGAAUCACUUUACUUUGUGUAGGCCUAACAAUAACUUUUUAGAUGCCUUUAUUAAACAUUUAAUGAUUCAUAGGCUAAUGUUGGACAGAUCAACAAGCUUAAAAUUGUAAUUAAAAUCAUUUUUAGUACAGGGGAUUUAAAUUAAAUUUAUUUAAAUCUUCCAGUGUCAAAAACAUGUUAAGAUCCUUAAAAGAAAGUCUGGAAGCUGUUGCUCAAGACCACCUUAAAUGAACUCAAGCAGGUCACUAACAUCAAGUGAUAAAGGGAGGUUCAGGACUUUUGAACUGGUCUAAGCCUGUAUGAAAGUUGCACAAAUUAGCAUCACAUAUUUCUUCAUGAAAUCUCCAUUUCAAUGUUAACAGGACAGAUUCACUAUAAUUUAUGAUUUGUUAAAAAAAAAAAAAAAACGUUUUGUGAAAAAUGUAAGAGAUUAAAUGUUUUAACAACUUAACAGCACCUUAAUAAUAAAUGAUAGAUUUAGAGGGAUUGGUAUUUAUAAACACAGAGAAGAGAUAUCCAAAACAGGCUGUCUGAUAAUGGCCAGCUUAAUUGCACUCUGUCUGAGUAGAUGAGGCCUCUGCCCCUGAUUCAGGUCAUUUUAAUUUAUUGAUAUGAAAUUGAAGCCAUUUUCUUGUGGUCAUGUGAUAAUUGUCGUCUGUGAAUGUAUUCCUGAUGGAAAGUGCUUCUCAGAUAUAAUGUGUCAGCUCAUUUUUUCAUCUUCAUGUCCAGAGUUAUUGAUAUUGGUCGCAAAGUGUUAUUUAAUAAAGCUUUGUUUAAAAUCCAACAGUCAGGACUAUACUGGGCUGGAUAGAAUAAUGCAAAGCCAGUCCUUCAGGUAAAAGUCAAGUCUAGAUCUUUGGUCUGUUUUACUGCGCGUUAAUAUCUGCACAACACAAAUGUAUUUAUUGUCUGUGUCUAUUUAUUUAUUUAUUUAUUACCAUCAUUUGGUCAUUUAAGUUAAAGACGUGUAUUUAUUAAUGGUUGACAUUGCACUAAAUCUGUAAGUGUGAACAAUGUACUUGUGUGUGUUAAGACAUUAAAUCUAUAAAGCUAUGU